AUGCCAUCAAAAUCGGAGGGAUUUGGUCUUGUCGCACUUGAGGCCUUGUCUGCAGGUUUACCCAUUCUUGUUGGUUGUAAGUCAGGAUUUGCCAAAACAUUAGAAAAUGUUCCAAAUGGUUAUUCAUGCAUCGUCAAUUCAGAUGAUCCAGCAGAGUGGGCAAAAGCAAUAGAAGCUGUUCGUGUCAGGCAUCGAAUGCGGUUGGAAGAGAUUAAAGAACUAAGAGCCUCGUAUGGGGAGAUGUACAGUUGGAAGGAGCAAUGUGAAGCCCUUGUGAACAGACUUUGGGAAAUGAGUCAUGGUACG